AUGAAGAAAGAGCGCAUACGACGGUCGUCGCCGUACGGCUGGAUGAAGAACUGGGACUUGAUGAGCGUCAUUGUGAAGACUGGUGCUGACCUGAGGCAAGAGGCCUUCGCCUGUCAGCUCAUCGAUGUUUGCGACAAGAUUUGGACCGAUGCCAAGAUUGGAGUAUGGGUGAAGGUAAUGCGGAUUUUGGUGACGGGCGAAUCCUCGGGCCUCAUCGAGACGAUCACGAAUGGCGUCUCGCUGCACUCUAUCAAGCGCAGCUUGACGCUGGCGCAGGCCGAGGCCGGCGCAAACCCGAAGAGGCGAAUCGCGACGCUGAAAGACCAUUUCGCCAAAGCCUUUGGCUCACCCGACAGCGAGCCAUACAAGGCUGGCGUCGAUGCUUUCAAGAGGUCGCUCGCGGCGUACAGUGUUAUUUCAUACGUGUUGCAGCUGAAAGACCGGCACAACGGGAACGUCCUGAUCGACAACGAGGGCCACAUUGUACAUAUUGACUUUGGUUUUAUGCUGUCGAACUCGCCGGGCUCCGUUGGGUUCGAGGCUGCACCAUUCAAACUCACGCACGAGUAUGUCGAAGUUCUGGGCGGGAUAGGGUCCCCAGAGUGGGACGAUUUCAAACGGCUCUGCAAGCAGGCUUUUCAAGCUCUCCGACGAUCGGCCGACAACAUCGUCGACCUCGUUGCCAUGAUGGGCCGUGACUCCAAGAUGCCGUGCUACGCUGCCGGUGUUGCAACGGUGACAACGAACCUACGACAACGCUUCCAGCUGCAGCUGAGUGCCGAUGAUGCGGAGCAGUUUGUUGAAACGGACCUGAUCAACAAGUCUAUUGGCAGCUACUACACUCGACUAUACGACACAUUCCAAUAUCGAACACAGGGUAUAUAUUAG